GUUGCCCUGCGGUCGCCUGGUAACGGGUCGCCGCGGUCCUGGCUGCCUCGGCGCCAGCGGCUUAGGCCGUGGAGCUCCUGUGGGCCCGAGCCCUCCUCACGUCGCACUCCUGUCCGCCCGGCCAUGGCUGCCGCCGCAGCAGUGGUCUCACCGUCGGGGUUGGAAGAUGGGGUGUCGCGGUCUCGCGGCGACGGGGCAGGGGAGGCGGGCGUGGAGCGAGGGCCCGGCGCGGCCUACCACAUGUUCGUGGUGAUGGAGGACUUGGUGGAGAAGCUGAAGCUGCUCUGCUACGAGGAGGAGCUCCUCCGGAAGAACAACCUGAAGCCCCCAUCCAGACACUAUUUUGCCCUGCCUACAAACCCUGGUGAACAGUUCUACAUGUUUUGCACUAUUGCUGCUUGGCUGAUUAACAAAACUGGACAUCCCUUUGAGCAGCCUCAAGAGUAUGAUGACCCUAAUGCAACAAUAUCUAGCAUAUUAUCUGAGCUUCGAUCAUUUGGGAGAACUGCAGACUUUCCCCCUUCAAAAUUAAAGUCGGGUUAUGGAGAGCAUGUAUGCUAUGUUUUGGAUUGUUUAGCCGAAGAAGCACUAAAAUAUAUUGGCUUUACCUGGAAAAGGCCAGCUUACCCAGUGGAAGAAUUAGAAGAGGAGGCUGUUGGAGAAGAUGAUGCAGAGUUAACAUUAAGUAAAUUGGAUGAAGAAUUUGUGGAAGAGGAGACAGAUAAUGAAGAAAACUUUAUUGAUCUCAACGUUUUAAAGGCUCAGACCUAUCGCUUGGACAUGAACGAGUCUGCCAAACAAGAAGAUAUUUUGGAAUCUACAACAGAUGCUGCAGAAUGGAGUCUAGAAGUUGAACGUGUACUACCACAACUGAAAGUCACGAUUAGGACUGACAAUAAGGACUGGAGAAUCCAUAUUGACCAAAUGCACCAACACAAAAGUGGUAUUGAAUCUGCUCUAAAGGAGACCAAGGGUUUUUUGGACAAACUCCAUAAUGAAAUUAGUAGGACUCUGGAAAAGAUUGGCAGCCGAGAAAAGUAUAUCAACAAUCAACUUGAGCACUUUGUUCAAGAAUAUCGUGGAGCUCAAGCUCAGCUGAGUGAGGCAAAGGAGCGAUACCAGCAGGGUAAUGGUGGAGUAACUGAAAGGACCAGACUCCUAUCUGAGGUUACAGAAGAAUUAGAAAAAGUUAAACAAGAAAUGGAAGAAAAGGGCAGCAGUAUGACUGAUGGUGCUCCUUUGGUGAAGAUUAAGCAGAGCUUGACAAAACUGAAACAAGAAACUGUUCAGAUGGAUAUUAGAAUCGGUGUUGUGGAACACACAUUACUCCAAUCAAAACUGAAGGAGAAAUCCAACAUGACUCGGGACAUGCAUGCAACGGUUAUUCCAGAAUCAGCAAUAGGCCCUUAUUAAAA